AUGGAGGCCGAGUACUCUAUGGUAGACAGCGUUGAUCCUCAACGCGAAAACUACUCACAGAAAGAGGCCCGCAGCGGACAGCGGGACAGGGACACUCCUUCAUUACCUGCAUCUACUACUCGCUGCAUGAUUAUGAUACCUGAGCUUCGGUGGAAAAUAUUCCGGUUGGUCCACGACUUUUCUCCGGGACAUAAGACCUUCCUGGCGCUUGCUCUGACAUGCAAGUCAUUUACUGAACCUGCGCUGGACCUUUUGUGGGAAAACCUGAAUGAUGGGCUUGCACCACUUAUCAGAUGUCUCCCGCAAAGUCUAUGGAAAAAGGCCGAACGAAAACUGGAAUUUCAAAGAGCCAUGACCUUCGAUGACUGGUCUAUAUUUUGCAAAUACAACCACCGUGUCCGCUCACUACAUACAAGACCCUAUGCGGCGAUUCGGCUGGAUAUCGAGAUUUGGCGUACCCUCAGCUGCCCUCCCUUCUCCCUUCCCUUACUCCCCAACUUGAUGUCUCUUACUUGGAAUGAGACCACCAGCGAGACAUUCCUAUAUGCCUCGUUGUUUGCGACCCCAAAAUUGACAACAUUCCGUAUCACAUCGUCAACGAUUACCUUUGGUCCAUCCGAACAAUCUGUCUUGUCGUGUAUCUCAAUGCUGUGCCCUUCUGUCUCGCACUGCAGUUUUCAUUCAUUCGGAGAAUCAAGCCUAGGAGACACAUCGACUGCGCUGCAAAGCUGGUCUCAUCUAAAAUCAGUUAGAACUAGAAGGAUUUCUGAGGCUGCCAUACUACACCUCUCCACUCUGCCUUCGCUCCGAGUUCUGCAAUUCAAAUUACCUCUAAUGCCUAUAUCUGCAAAUACCCAAAAGCUCCUGCAGCGUCCUGUGUUCUGUGCGUUACAAGAACUGGACAUAACAUGUGAAGGGAGUCCAGCACUCUUAGGCACUUUUUUCGAGAAGCUCUCCAUUGCCCCAAAAGUAAUAACCUGUGAUAUCACUCGUGGAGUGGAUUCCACACCAGCCCUGCCGGCUUUGAUUUCCCGUUUAUCUGAUACAUGUGCGCGCAGCUCACUGGAGCAGGUCCAGUUCAACAUUAUUGAUCUACUUGCGGAUCACAACACUUCAUUCGGAGCGGCAGCCUUUCGACCGCUCUUCACCUUCCGGAACCUUCGCAAGCUCCAAUUCAACGCAUGCUGUAAUGUGCAGUUGAACGACACCAUCCUUUUGCAGAUGGCGAAGGCCUGGCCCCUCCUGGAAGACUUAUACUUCAAUGCAUACCACAAUUUGAGUCAUAAUGUCACCCCACAUGCCUUCGUCUCGCUGUUGCAACAUUGCCCACGUCUAGUCUCGGUUGCCGUUUUCAUAAACUGGUCGACAAUAGAUGGACGUGACAUACCCCCUGCCAUUCCUUACCAGGGAUUUCCACACAAUGCACUAUCGACGGCAUUCUUUGGUAGUCCAAGGAUUCGUCAUCCAACAAGGAUUGCCGCUUUCAUUUCAGCCAUCGCACCUAAUGUGGAAUCAACUGCGGCAUGGGACCCUGAUUUCUACGGGGAGCAUCCAGACUUCGAAAAAUACUCUACCAGGUGGAAGCUCGUGCAGCGUUUGAUCAAGUCUUUCUCCAUGGUCCGUCAGCAGGAAAGGGGAACGAAGUUGAAUACAUGUACAGGGGCUGAUGAAGUCGAGGUUGGUGGCGAUGUUGAUGGGGGUGGUGAGGGUGAGGAAGAAGAUAGUGGAAGCGAGGGCGGAUAUCACUCUGACCAAGCCUCAUCAAACUCGGGGGAGGAAUGA